AUGGUCAGAGGAAGUGCACGAAUUAAAGCUGGUGGUAUAAAUAUGGCUCAAGAUGGUCCACAAAUGAUCAAACCUCUAACAUUAAAUAUGAGUUUAUUUCAAUUUUUAAGAACUGGUCAUUUUGAAAAAGAUCUAUUAACUUAUUGCGCUAAUCGUCUUGCUGAAUAUUCAUGUAUAUAUUGGCUUGAUCCAACAGUGAAUGGAAAUAGUGAUUCAAUGGAAUCGAAUUCAGCGUUUACAACAAUGACUGAAUACGAGCAUUCUGAUUUGGAUGAUUAUCUGAAUUCGAAAUGCGUUUAA